UACAGGUGUAUUCCUACAAGAAUUAACACCGACAACUGUUGAUGUAAUUGAAAACUCUAGUGUCGCUUUGACAUGCUCAUUAACUGGUGACCAAUCGGCAUGGAACAUAAAUGAUAAUGCCGUUAAAUGGGGGUUAAUAUACAUAUCAACCGACGGGACAUGUCAGGCAUCUGGCUUUGUCAAUAACAGUUCAUUAUAUUCAUGGAAUUGUUAUAGGAAUGGAAGCUUUACUUUAACAUUGAUUAAAGUAGAUAGAUCACAACAUGGAAAGAUUUGGACGUGCAAGCAGGGAUUUUCGUUAAGUAAUCGAGUAGUUAUCAAUGUGAAAGGUGUUAAUACGCAAAAAGUGACACUUUCACCAAUCAGUGUAGACGUACUGCAAAACAGCAGCGUUGUUUUGACAUGUUCAACAACUGGUAGUGUAUCCUCAUGGGGAAGGUCAGGAAUUUGGUCAUUGCUGCGCGUUUUAAGUGAUGGAACGUGUCAACCGAAUGGUUUUAUCAAUAACAGCUCGUUAUAUUCAUGGACAUGUCACAACAAUGGAAGUUUUUCGUUAACACUGCUAAAAGUUGAUAGAUCACAACAUCGGGAGGAAUGGUUAUGCAAGCAGGGAUAUUCUGAAAUAAGCAAUACUGUAAUAAUUAAUGUGAAAGUUCCAGUGGAAAACGCUGAUAUCACUACACCGAGUGGCAGUAUUGGGACAUUAGUAGAAAAUUAUUAUAAAGUGUUCAUAUGUGUUACAUCAUACAGUAGACCAACUCCGUCUGUGAAAUGGUUUAUGCGACUUGAAGGAAAUAACAUCGAAAUCAAUCAAACCAGUUCUAUCGUGAUCACUUCUGAUGAAAAAGGUUUUCAAUCUGCAAAAAGUAAACUAAAUAUAAGUGUGAAUAGAGAGAAACUGGGAACAGAAAUUUACUGCAAUGGAUCCAAUGGCUUGGGAACAGAGGUUAUGUCUCGCACAGUAACGCUAAACGUAUUAUAUUCUCCAGACAUUGGAAAUAUAGAUAACAUUUCAUCUGAAGAGGGAAACAGUGUGGAUUUGACAUGUCCAGUUAUAAAUGGCAAUCCUCAUAAAACAAGCGUCCUUUGGACAAGAAAGAAAGACGAGCGACUAUGGUUUGGUGCAAUGUUUACUCUCACAAACAUUUCAAGAACUGAUAGCACAACAUACACAUGCAGAGUAAACAACACUAUGAUUAUGACUGGUGGUUUUAUAAAAGAGGGGAUCACAAGUAAACAUAUUGAACUUGAUGUGUUAUACAAAGCUCGUGUCCGUAAAUAUUUUGUUCUGAACAACGAAGCAAGUACUUCUGCCACGGUUUCGGAAAAUGAAACAGUAGGUUUACAAUGUGAAAUAGAAGGAAAUCCUACCCCAACAUGUGAAAUAUACAAUGAUAAUAAUCCGGAUAAGGAACAAUAUGUCAAUUAUUCACAAAAUUAUGCGAUAUGCUAUACCACUUUCCAUGCAAGUUGUCUUCAUGAUAGUGUAUAUACAUGUAAAGGUUCCAAUGUUAUCAACAAGGCAGAAUCUACGGAGAAAAAUAUCAAUGUCUUCGUGCAAUGUUCUCCUAGACCAAAUCCUUCUGUUGCAACAAUGGAUCAUGUUAUUGCCGAAAUAAAUGCGCCGAUAAGCCUCCACUUUACAGCACUUGCUUAUCCAAAACCUAGUGCCUCAUGGAGAAAAUUUGUUGGACAAUCCUGGGUUGCAGUUAAUGAAAGCAACAAUAUACAGAUAUAUCAAUCAGAUUUGGAUUUUGGUAUGACAAUUAUUCGAGCAACGAAUGCAGACAUUGGAGAAUACAAAUUAUUGAUUUCUAAUGCUAUUGGAUCCUACAUUCACAUUUUCUACAUUGAACAAAAAGCGGCUUCAACACAGUCUGAUGAAUUUGCCAAGACGGGACUCAUUAUUGGACUUACAAUAGCUUUAAUUUGCAUUAUAACACUUGUAACUAGUGUUAGUGUAGUUUUGUGCAGAAGGAUAAAACAGAAACGCAGAGAGACAGAUGUUAACCAUUCGUAUCAAAAUGUAUCAGGUGAAAUCAAUCAACAGAUAGUUUAUGACAAAACGUAUGAACAAAUAGGUAUGAAUGUUAAAAAAGUGGAAAGCACAGUCAAGGAAAUAAAAAAAUUCGAUAAAGAAAUAGAAGUCGAAAGCGACAUUUCAGUUACAUAUGAGAAAUUAGCAGAAAAUAGAAAAGAUGUGAGCCAGUACUCUCAGCUCCAUAGUAUGAAGGAGACAGAAACUGGAACCGGAGUUGGGACUAAAAUAAGUCUUUCUAGUGGCGAAGAAGAACGAAAUAUCGUCCAGUCCAAUAUUUAUAUCAAUAUGAACAUAUAAAUACUUGACCCUUAAAAACUAGUACAAUAAUAUAUCACUUUACGUUCAAGAUGAUAUAAAAUGUAAUACAAGAAGCUGUAAUCAUCAUUUACAAUUCAGCUUUACUUAUUUUGUAAAGCAUGUUUUGGAAUAUAUUCGCACAGAAGCUGUCAUUUAUUAUUGUUUAAAUAAUUAUUAAAAAUCGUUCAAAAAUUUUCAAAAAUCGUUUUUUACUGGCAAAGGCGCGAAUUUAAAUUUAUAAAAUGUGUUCUCUAUGUAAGUUUCGACGUUUAAACUUUGCUGGCAAACUUAAAUGAGGAUUGAAUAUUGAUAUUUAUCAAAUCACAUUGGUAGUCAUACACUUACUUGAAAACAUGUACAAAUUAUUUAAAUAUUUACAGAGCAAAUACAAGAAAUAGAACGAAUAUUAUAAUUUCAAAUAAACAUAUUAUACCCUUAACUCUUGUACGUGCUAGUUCGCUUACUGAGACGUCAAGUACAAAAACACUUUACAAAAGUUGCGUGUUAAAAUAAAUUGCCUAUUUGGUUAACAGGAAGACAGAUAUUUUAAAAACAAACAGGAAGAAAAAAUGUUUUACUUUUUUUAUAAAUGAUAUGUAAUUUAACCAAGUGUUAUUAUAUCGCUUGUAGUUUACAGUUUACAAUAGCAUUGACUGUAUGUUGUAUAUCCCUAUGAUAAAAUAUAUUUUUGUUAAAACGGUAACUUCCAAACAUAAUACUUAAAUACACGUGUGCAAAAAUAACUGCUCGUUUAGAAGUUGUCUUUCAUUAUCUCUCAGUUUAUUUGCCAAAAUCCGAAAACAAAAAUGAUUCAACACGAAAGAUAUUGUAUAGACAGUUACAGGAAGAAUUGAAAUUUGCAACAUGUAAAUGUUCGCAUACAAUUCAAAUUUAAUGUAAAUACAUAAAACGGAUAACAUUGGAAGACAGGCAGACAUCUUUAAAUAUGACACUAAUAUACAAUCCGGAUCCAUUGCCGAUACUAACUGUUACUGCAAUCAUGCAAAUUUCACCCUUAUAAUCUUCAUAAACAGUACUCAAUGCAUGUUGCCUCUUUUAUCCCUAUUAUAAAGUGUUUUCUCAUACAUUAUUUUAAUCUACAUUCGGUCGGUCUUGUCAAGAAGACGAUAUCGAAAGCGAUAUAUAUAUUCAUCCGAGAAAAUGAUUUGCUUUUUAUUGAGAACAAAUAAUUUACAAAAUAUUUCUUUCGAAACAUUAACAUUACUUUUACUCUUAUAAACCAAAGAACAAGAUGAAAUGAUCUGUCAGUAGAUCAGAACCAUUAAAAACCACUGAAAGACAUAUAAAACAUUCAAUAUCUCUGUCUUACAACUAUAAAGCAAAUGGUAAACACAUAAGUUUCUGUAUACAUCAAAUAAAGUAUAACUUAAACACAAUUGAUUCAGCUGUAAUGUUCAGCCUACCUAGUGAUAUCUUAUUGUAAUGUACACAAUCAUCAUGCUACUUACCAAUAUCACACUUAUAGGACACUUAUAUUAUAAAAAAAACACACACACACAAAUCAAAUACCUUCUUAGUUGUAGAGAGGACAAAUACAAUUUUUAGGAUUUAUAAGAACAUAACAGACACAUGCGUGUAAACAAAAAUAUUUGUUGCAUUAAAGCUAAGAUUAGGCGAAUAAUAUUGGCAGCCGACAAUGCUUGAGUGUCACCGUAUCAUCCUAACAGUGUUGGUAACAGGAUUGAACACAAUCAGACUCCAGCAACAUUGCAUAAGUGUAGUGUUUUAACUUUAGCAAAGCUCACAAUUAAAGAGAGAACACAAUAUGUCUAUGAUGACUCGUCAAAAUUAUUAUGCAAUAUUGUAAAAGGAGUGUUUUCAUUUAUACUUACAUUAAACGUCACAAAGGAGCAUGACUCCAGGUUCAUGCUUAUUGUCAUGAAAAUUAAGAAAAUAUAGUUUGUCUAUAACCUAAAAUCCUACCUUAAAAUUGAGUGUACAUGCAAAAAACGUGAGUUUUCGAGGAGAAUAAAAUGCGUAGCACAUGAUCAUGAUCUUGUAAUAAAGGGGUAGUUAAUCAAGUUUCUUGCAAACUUAAAUUUUCUUAGCUGAUUACAGGUUUGACACACACUUUUUAUCAAUGCAAAUGGUCAAGUUUUAAACGAUCCAAGAGUUUCCAUCCCAUUUUCAACGAAUCCCACAAAUAAUGAGGACAAACAAAUUUGGAAUAAAAUAAUUAACAUUCGAAUAUUACAUAUUAAACGAUUUAUUAAAAAAUCUGAAUUCUAACAAUUGCAUACUGGCGACUUUUUUCACAUCAUAUCUUUGUUCCAUUCACUGAAAAAGGUAGAAUCAUAUAAUAGGGACAUUGUUCCUACCUUUUUUUCAUUACAAAAAUUGGGCUAAUGACUUAUUUCCUUUACCUUUUGACACAUAUUUAUAUUUGCAUGGUCCCAGAAAUGUAUUAUUUUGAGGAUUGUGGUACAGUAUAUUAGUUACAAUAAUUUCACAAAACAAACUAGUUUAACUUACUUUAACUUUAGCUUAUUUAGAGAAUGUUUCAUUUAAGUUACACCGUCUAUAUAUGGUAUAUGUUUUGCAGACUUUUCGAAAUUAUAUCACUAUUAUUUUAUUUUGUAAUAAACUCAUAGAA